AUGUCUGACGGCUCUACGACGCAGCAUGCUAUCAGAGGCUCAUCAAGCACAAGACCUAGAUCCGGAAGUGAAGCUAUCAGGAUGCGUGUAGCACACCUAGUGCAAACUACGACCUCUGCCGACCGCCCCACUGUGUCCGACAGAGAAUGGAACCAUUCUCGAUAUUCUUCCUCUCCUCACCGAAAUCGUUCUCGUGAUGAUCGUCAUAAGACCUCUGGAAAGGAUAAACCAUUGCCAAUCACUCCCAGUCAACCCAGGGCAUUAAAGAGAAAGAAGUCGAAUUCCGGCCUUAUACUAGGGUCAUCAGACAGACCUGAAAACAGAGUACCAAGUACCCAUGAUGCAUCUGGACCAUAUAUUUCGAAAGCUACAUCCAAGCAGGCAUCCGCGCGUGUAUUUGAUGCACUUGCCCAUCCACCAGAUUUGGACCAUGAUCUGUCUACGUCAUUUCUUCAGAGUCGCCAACAUCAAAGGGACCCCCCACAGCGCUCUGGGAGCGACGAUAGACAGGAUAGACUUCGGCAUGACGGCUUCAGAGGAUCUCUGGCUGCUGCAGAAUUCGACCGAAUGAGGAAAGAGAUUGAAAGUUUGAAGGAGGCCCUACAAGAUUCUAGAAAGAAAUCUAAACGAGAUCAAAAGCAACUUGACGAAGUUAAAUCAGAGCUGGUUGCCGCUAAUUCGACUAUCAAAGAGAAAGAAACGGAACUCGUAAAGGUGAAAGAAAAACAAAAGAAAAAUGAAGAGGUACAUCUUUUGAUGUUAUGCCAAAUAUGUAUGGAUCUUCCAGACCAACCAUUUGCAAUCUCGCCAUGUGGACAUGUUCUAUGCCUGCUGUGUCUUACAGAAUGGUUUAAAAAGGCUCCCCCAACAACGGACGACAUGGACAUAGACCCUGACGAAUUAACGGAUCCACAUUAUAUCCUCAUGCGUUCAAAAUCUUGUCCCACCUGUAGAGCUCCUGUUAAGCGCCGACCAGUACCGGUUUUUAUGGUCAAGGCUAUUUCAUCCACUUUGAAGAAAUUCAAAGGACAUUCACCUCUUGACACAGGAUUUGUGGACUCGGGUGAAACGUCCCAAAGAUACCAGACAGAUAGUGUGGAUCCCUGGAAAGGAAUCUUUCCCCUUAGCGAAGAAUCAGACUCGCAAGGAGAUGAUUCCGCAGACGAUUAUGUGGCAUUCGAUUCAGAUGAAUUCGAGGACCAUGCUAUCUCGCUUCACGAAUUGCGGCAGCACCGCGUCAUGGGUUCUAUUUUUGCCCACAGAGACAGCAGUGAUAGCGAAGAAGAAACUGACGACGAUGACGAAGAUGAUCAUGAGAACGAGUGCGUUUAUGUAUUCCCGCGUUGGUCUCCUCCUGUUGUCGACGUACACCCAAAUGACCGACGUCUACGUGAAGGCGGCCCAAAUGCGUUUAAGCUGCUUCAACGAGGUUGUAAUAUUGGGAUGAUACAAAACUUUGAUGUGUCGUAUUCUCAUGAAGAAGGGAUCGUGGUGACUCUACCAUCGCUCAGCCAACUAUAUGCCUUCUCAUCCAAUUCCGACGAUGACAAUGACGCACACGAUACGCACAGAGAUGCGAGAAGCCGACUUUUCCUUGGCUGGAACAUCUUCUUAUCCAGGUAUGACAUUGAUGGCGAGACCUUCCUUGCAGAAAUGCUGCAGGACAUUGAGAAUAGGCCAGCGCGUUGGGACGUCACUGCCAGACCUGGUGUGCCGGGUGCGAAGGAUGCCAGGAGGCUUGUUCGUUUAGACGACUUAGAGGCAGUUGAUACUACAGAUUCGGAAGUCUGGGUUGAUGCCGAAGACUUCUGA